AUGUCAGGUUCGAUUCUUUGUGGCGGUGGCUGUCGUCGACGGGGCUCUGUGUCGGUGGCUCUCCUCAACGGCGACGGAGCUCUCUUUGAUGGCACUCUCCGAUUCUCUAAGUCGGCUUUGAUGUGUUCUAUGGAAAUAGAGGUCAGGAAGCUUCAUCAAUACAGUCAAGGAAAUGUUUCUCUCUCUACAACGCAAGCUCCUUUCGUAGGCACUCAAGAAGAUCCAAUCAUUGCUGACGAGCUUCCAGCAGAGCGUAAUCCCCGAAGGACUUGGACGCCAACAGAUGAUAUAGUGUUGAUCAGCUCGUGGUUGAACACGAGCAAAGAUCCCAUUGUUGGGAAUGAACAAAAGUCAGGGGCUUUUUGGAAGAGAAUUGCAGAAUACUUCUCGGCGUCUCCUAAGAUAGCUGGUUCUGAAAAAAGAGAAGCAUCUCAGUGCAAGCAGCGUUGGCACAAGCUGAAUGAUUUGGUUUGCAAGUUUUGUGGGGCGUAUGAAGCAGCAACCAGGGAGAGAACCAGUGGUAUGAACGAGAAUGAUGUGCUUAAAUUAGCCCACGAGAUCUUCUUCAACAACUACCAAAAGAAGUUCACCCUUGAGCAUGCGUGGAAGGAGCUUCGCGCUGAUCAGAAGUGGUGUGAACUCUCCACAGCCAAAAAUGGAAGCAGCUCCAAAAAAAGGAAGUGUGAGGAUGAAAACAAUGCUUCUGGAGAUGAAGAGUUCACAUCUCGUCCUCCGGGUGUUAAGGCAUCAAAGGCCCGUGGAAAGAAGCCGGUGGUUGAUGGGAAAGUGUUCUCUGACUUCCAGAAUAUCUGGAGUUUGAAGAAGGAGGACUUGGCAAUGAAGGAAAGGCUCUCGAAGAUGAGGAUGCUUGAGUUGAUUCUUGCAAAAGAAGCACCACUAGACGAAACCGAUGCUGCUCUGAAGAAAAAACUCAUCAAUGAGUUGAUGUAA